CUAAGGAAUGUGGCGGGGUAGAGGCCUGGGUGGGCCUAGAGACUGAAGUUGGAGUCUUGGGCUCUGGGAGAGUAGAAAGGGAACUCCUGGAUCAGGAAGAACAGGCCAAGACCAGGCAGGUGGAGGGAGCAAAGAGGCAGCAGUGGGAGAGAGCGGGUGUCAGCCAUGUCCCAGCCCAGGGGACACAGGAGGCCUAAGUCCCUGGGGCCUCCUGUGCGCAGCAUCCGGCCCUUCAAGUCCAGCAUGCAGUACCUGGAGGCCAUGAAGGAAGACCUGGCAGAGUGGCUUCGAGAUCUCUACGGGCUGGACAUUGAUGCAGACAACUUCCUGCAGGUGCUGGAGACGGGCCUGGUGCUGUGCCGGCACGCCAACGCUGUCACCAAGGCUGCCCUGGCCUUCCUGGCUGAGGCACCUGCUCAAGCCCAAAGGAUUCUUGUGCCUCGGGCUGGAGUUUUCUGCAAUGGGGCUGCUCAGCCGGGUACUUUCCAGGCCAGGGACAAUGUCUCCAACUUCAUCCAGUGGUGUCGCCACGAGAUGGGCAUCCAAGAAGUGCUGAUGUUCGAGACCGAGGACUUGGUGCUGCGCAAGAACGUGAAGAACGUGGUGCUGUGCUUGCUGGAGCUGGGCCGCCGGGCCUGGCGCUUCGGCGUGGCGGCGCCCACCCUCGUGCAGCUGGAGGAAGAGAUAGACGAGGAGCUGCGGCAAGAGCUUGCCCUGCCCCGGCCGGAACCCCCGCCGCCCGUGCCCCCCACGCGCCGGCCCUGCCACUUCCGCAACCUGGACCAGAUGGUGCAGAGCCUUGUGAGCCACUGCAGGUGCCCCGUGCAGUUCUCCAUGGUCAAGGUGUCAGAGGGGAAGUACCGAGUGGGGGACUCCAGCACCCUCAUCUUCAUCCGGAUCCUCCGGAGUCACGUGAUGGUGCGUGUGGGGGGCGGCUGGGACACGCUCGGCCACUAUCUGGACAAGCAUGAUCCCUGCCGGUGCACGUCCCUCUCGCACAAACCAGGCAGCUUCCUGAAGCCCGCAGCCCCUCCGGUGCAGCAUGAAGUGAGGGUGCAAGACGGACCCUUGCAGCCCCAGCCUACGAUGACCAUCAGCCGCUCCCAGAGCCCACUGCCCCCCGUGGACUGGAAGACAUACACUUCUUCAGGCCGAAGGCUGAGGCCCCCCACUCCUUCCUCCCCCAGACCCUGCAGAGAACGGGGAGCAGGGGCAGGGGCCCUCAGAGAGAUGGCACCAUUCCUGAGGUCCCAGGAGAGGUCACUCACAUCGCUCCGGAGGCAGCUGCCAGCUGGGGACAGUCCACCCAGCCCUCAACCCUCACCCACCUAUAGGCGCCAAGAGCCACAGUGUACCUUGUCAGGGAAGAGAGAGAGCAGAAGCUCCCCUGAACGCCCCAGGGGAAGGACUCCUACAUCCUGGGUUCCUGAGCAGACAGACACCCCAGAAACCCACACCAGGAUCCCCACUCCCCAGAAACUCCAAGUUCCUGAGGCCACCACCAAAGGGACACCAGCAAGAGGACCAUCUUCCCUGCCUCGUCCCCCUAGCCCAGCCAAGCCCCUGGGCCCCAGGUUGCCACUCCAGGGUGAAGCCGAGGGCGCUUUCUGCCAGCUCGGGGAGCCAACAACUGUCCGGUCUCCAUCCCCUGUUAAAGGACUCACCAAGAUCCCUGUCAGGCUGUCCCUGGCCCGCACCCCCACACCAGGAAGAAGCUUUCCAGGUACUGCAACGACAAGUGCCAUGACAGAACUGGGGAGAGGCCCCGUCCCAAUAAGGGCCAUCACCGGGGACCUGGCUGGGUCCAGACAUGUGAACUGCUCUGCGAAAAUGAGGCAGGGAGGCCAGGUCCCAGGAGAGGCUGCAGAGCCCUGGGGCCCAGGCCUGCAGGAACGGGAGGGAAAGUACACUCCCCGGCCCCCGGGCAGGACCGAGGAGCAAGCAGUCUCCUGUAGCCUGGAAGAGGAGAUCUUGGCCAACAUGAAGCUGCUGGACGUGGGGGGUGCCCGUUCUCAGGACACAGGGUCUGGAGUCAUCCCUCGCAGUGGAGUCUAUGUCCCCAGCCUGGGUGGCCGGUGGCCUGAGCCUGGGGGUCCUUAUGACAAAGUCAUCCAAGAACUGGCUCAGGGCCCUCCCCCUCUCCUUAAGGUAGACCUGAGAGCCUGGAAGGCAACCCUCGUGGGCUCCUCUAAGCCAGCGGUUGCCUCAGACACAGGAAGCCAACAGGGAAAGCUGGGAGCCCGAGGGAGCAGCGGGCCAAAGACCAAGCCAAGCCCGAGGGCCAAGAGCCCCAGGAUGAGCAAGGCCCCAUCUCUAGGAGGGCAGGACUGCUCGGGCCCACCCACAUCGGCCAGCCCCGAGGCCCCCACACAUCUGCCUUCUGACCCCAGUUGUGACAAAGCCAAGACACGUCUGGGCAAGGGCAAGAGGACACUCCGCAAACCCCAGAGGGUCCCGUCCAUCUACAAGCUGAAGCUGAGGCCCAGAAUGCGGCCCCGGAGAGACCACAGGCCUGAGAAGCAGCCUUCACGGAUCCCCAAGCCACUGGCCUACCUCCACCUGGGUCGGGCCAAUGUGCCCUCCAGGAGCAGGCUGCUCAGAGCUGCGCGGGGCUGCAAGGGAGGCGGGGCAUCCUGUGUGAAUGGAGUCUCAGCAGGUGAGCAGGAGGAGGAAAAGGAGAAGGAGCCCACCAUCCCACCGGAGGGCAGCCCCCAGGCUUUGGAGGGCCUGGAACCUGAGCAACUGGAUCAAACCCCACUCCCCGCUGAGGAGACCUGGGUCUGAGGGGCUGUGGGUGUGAGGGAGGAAGGGAGCAGAAAGGUUGCCCAUGUAGCCACUGGAUUCCGGUUGCAGGGACUGAACGAAAGUCCCCUCACUUCAAUACAGGGCCCUGGCCAGGACAGGGUCAGAGGACAGAUACAGACACAAUCUGUUCUGCUGAGCAAGGGGGCAGCCCAUCACGCCCACUCCAGGCCAGAGCUGGGUCAGGGGUGGUGGAACCACCGGAAUUUUACUGCCUUCCCGUGGAACAGCUCCCUGAACUCCUGUCUUCUGGUCCCUGGCCGUGCCCACCCGCCCUGUUAUUAAACACAUGUGGGUCUGCCCUUGAGUCCUUCCCUCACUCUAGGGCCCUGGUGGUGUAGAGAGAUGCAGCUUCUCCACCGGAGGAGACGUUCUCUCCUUGCUCAGAGCUGAGAGCUGAGGGACGGAGGCUCAGCC